AUGCUGCUUUCAUGGUCCGCUUCUACCAUCAUCGUGAGGGCCUCUGAUUCCCUUCCUCUUGCUGCCAGCGUCGAUGACGAGCAGACGGAACAGGCCUUGCAGGAACACAAGCAGCAGUCCAAACUAAUCUGUCGCCGAAUAACGCCCAACUCGGAACCUCGUUGUUCCAUUGAAAGUGGCCAAUACACACUACAUUACCUCAUCGCCGACAAUGUCAUAUUCCUCACCAUAGCCGACAAAUCCUACCCCAGAAAACUCGCCUUUUCAUAUCUCGACGAACUUUCAAAGGAGUUUCGCUACAACCUAUGGGCCGAAAGUGGAGUCCGUUCGCAAGCCCUACGCCUUUACACGUUCAUGUCGAAAACAGCACGGCUAUACCGAGACACGCGGACAGCGAAUGCUGCAGCAUCCGGACUCGAUAAGCUGAAUGACGAUCUGCAAGAUGUAACCAGAAUAAUGACCAAGAAUAUGGAAGAACUGCUGUGGAGAGGCGACUCGCUAGACCGCAUGUCCCAUCUUUCGACGUCACUUCGUUCCGAAUCGGAAAAGUACCGCAAAGCCGCGAGAAAUAUCAACUGGCAAGCGAUGCUGCGACAAUAUGCGCCCGUGGGUGCCAUCGUGCUAAUAUUGAUCAUCUUUGUAUACUGGAGAUUCUUUUAA